AGCCAAUCUUCUUCUUUAUCCAACCAAUAUCCUCUCGAAGCAGAGUAACAACACAAGAGGGAAGCCAAAAAAGAAUGACGACAAUGGCGACGCAAGGGGCUUUUCUACGAUUACGAGUCUCCUUACCCUCGAAGUCAGCCGCUAAACCAACAGAGCUCGGCUUCCUCAGCUCUCAGCUCAGCGGCUUAAGAAUCUCGCAGGGUCCCUCCACUGACGUCAUCAACCGUAUCUCCCUUCCUUCCUUCCCCGGUACUCUUCAGCCAAUUGUCGCCCGGAGGAUAUGUCCUUUUACUGGGAAGAAAGCGAACAGAGCCAACAAAGUCUCCUUCUCUAACCACAAGACCAAGAAGUUGCAGUUCGUCAACUUACAGUACAAGAAAGUUUGGUGGGAAGCUGGCAAACGCUUCGUCAAGCUUCGUUUAUCAACUAAGGCUUUAAAGACCAUUGAGAAGAACGGUCUCGAUGCUGUUGCCAAGAAAGCUGGCAUCGAUCUUCGCAAGAAAUAGAUGAAUUCAUAUGCUGUUAAUUUCUUUUCUUAAUACAUUUCCUUCAAUGGAGAGAACUUUGUGAGUUUGGAAUCAGAAACUGUGUUUUUUUUUUUUGUUUCCCCCUUCAAGAUUAGACAAAACUCGUUUAAAAAAGAAAAUUACAUUUCAUGUCUUUUCGUAUAUUUUUUAAUUGUAUAAUCGUUACAGGUGGUAUUAAAUCAACUCUCAGUCUCUG